AUGGAGAAUCAAGGAAAAGAGCCCACUCUUCAAGAGCUUAUAAACAUCGAGUUACAGUGGCGAUCAAUUUGGCCAGCACUCAUAACUUUACGUACACUCUUUUGCCAUACACUUGAGGAAGAUUGUUUUGAGCUCAUGGUGGCUAAUGAAACUAAGCUCACUUGCACAAGACGUAUGGUGUUAGGGGCUCGAUGGUUUCGUAACCUGGGAUCUUGUCUUUGGGAUUUCAGCAGCUUCAUGAUGGAAUCCUCUAUCAAUGGUCAACGCUGCAUAGUAUAUGGGAAAAUGAAGGAACCAAAUGGCUAA